AUGGCUAGUGCUCAAGCUGAUGUUAUCAAAAAAGCUACACCUUUAACUUCAGAUCCAAAUGCUACUAGUAAGAAUUUGGAUCCUGCUAAAUUAAAAGAAGCUGAAGAACUUGCUGAAAAAGAGAAAAGAGACCCUGUUCCUGCAACUAGUGUUGGUUGGAAACAAAUUGGUGAAUGGGAAGAAAAAGAUUCAUUAACUCUUGAUGAUGAAUUGAUGGAUUUAGCAACUCCAACUCUUUUAGAUAGUUAUUUACCUGAUCAUUUAUAUGGUGAUUGGUUCCAUAGUGUUGGUUUAUUAAUUGGUGCUGGUUUAUUAUCUUGGAUUGUUGGUAGAUUUAAUUUUUCAAUUGCUCCAGUCUUCUUUAUUACUCUUGCUGCAUCUGUUUAUUAUAGAGCUUCUAUUAAGAAAUAUAGAGGUGUUGUUAGAGAUGGUUUACAAAGAGAAUUUACUAUUAAACAUGUCGAAAAUGAUUAUGAAACUAUGGAUUGGUUAAAUACAUUCUUGGACAAAUAUUGGAUUUAUCUUGAACCUUCAGUUUCUCAAAUUGUUACUGAACAAGUUAAUCCAAUCUUAGCUUCAAAUGAAGGUAUUCCACCAUUUGUUUCAGCAAUUUGGAUUGAUCAAUUUACUGCAGGUAUUAAACCACCAAGAAUUGAUUUUGUUAAAACUUUAGAUAUUCCAAAAGAUGAUGUUGUUGUUAUGGAUUGGUCUUUUUCAUUUACUCCUCAUGCUACUGCGGAUUCAAGUGCUAAACAAUUGAAAAAUUAUGUCAAUCAAAGAGUUGUUGUUAAAGCUACACUUUUCGGUAUUACAAUUCCAGUUGUUGUGGAAAAUGUUGCAUUUAAAGCUUGGGCAAGAGUUAGAAUUAGAAUGACUACAAAAUUCCCACAUUUUGAAACUGUUAAUGUUCAAAUGAUGGAACCACCUCAAUUUGAUUUCAUUUCUAAACUUUUAGGUGAAUCUAUUUUCAAUUGGGAAGUCUUAUCAUUCCCAGGUCUUUAUCCAUUUAUUAAUGAAAUGAUUAAAAAAUUUGCAGGUCCAAUGGUUUUCCAACCAUUUUCUUUCCAAUUAAAUGUCCCACAAUUAUUAUCUGGUAGUAAUACUUCAAUUGGUAUCUUGGCUCUUAGAAUCAAAUCUGCUAAAGGUUUGAAAGCUGCUGAUCGUGUCUUGGGUAAUACUGUUGAUCCUUACUUAACUUUCAAUUUUUAUGGUAAAGAAGUUUUAGCUAAAACUAAAACUAUUUUGGAUACUUUAACUCCAACUUGGAAUGAAACUGUUUUCGUUUUAGUUGGUAGUUUUACUGAACCUUUAAUUAUUACUGGUUAUGAUUGGAAUGAAGAUAGAAAAGAUAAAAACAUUGGUUCAUUACAAAUUGAUUUGAAUGAUGUUUCUGAUAAGAGAAAUGCUAAGAAUCAAGUUGGUCAAUUCUUGAGAAAUAACAAACCUUGUGGUGAAUUAUUAUAUGAUUAUGAAUUUUUCCCAACUUUGGAAGAAUCUACAUUACCAGAUGGUUCAACUGAACCACCUCCAGAUUUAAAUACCGGCUUAGCAAAGAUUGAAUUAAGUGAAGUUAGAAAUAUUAGAAAUGAUGGUAAAUUAUCAAGUUAUACUGAAUUAUAUUUCAAUAAUGAAUUAGUUAAAACUACACCAGUUUCUAAGAAUACUGAUAAUCCAACUUUCUCAAUUCCUUUUGAAACCAUUAUUACAGAUCGUCGUAAAUCAAGAAUUAAAGUUUUAGUUAAAGAUCCAAAGGGUAAAUUAAUCUCUGCAUCAAUUCAAACAUUAAAUGAUUUAAUUGAUAGAACUGAAAUUGAUAGUGAAUGGAUUCCAUUUAGUAAAGGUGAUGGUGAAUUUAAAAUUACAACAAAUUAUAAAUCUGUUUCUUUAAGAGAUGCACCAGGUGCUGGUGGUUAUACCGAACCAAUUGGUGUUGUUAGAGUCUUGUUGAAUAAAGGUGAAGGUUUACGUAAUUUAGAAAAAAUUGGUAAAAGUGAUCCAUAUGCAAGAUUAUUAGUUAAUGGUAAAAUUAGAGCAAGAACUGAUUUCAUUCCAGAUUCAUUAGAUCCUGUUUGGGAUGAAGCUUUAUAUGUUCCAGUUACUUCACCAAAUCAAAAAUUAACCAUUGAAGUUAUGGAUGCAGAAAAAAAUAAGAAUGAUCGUACUUUAGGUUCAUUUAAUGUUAAAACUAAUGAUAUUAUUGAAAGAGGUGAAGAUGAUAAAUAUGUUGAAUUUGUUGAUAAGGAAUUAAGAACUGGUCGUUUAGUUCAUAAAAAAGGUCCAAAAGGUACUGUUACUUAUGCUUUAUCAUUUUAUCCAAUUACUCCAGUUAAGACUUUAGAAGAUAUUAAAGAAGAACAAGAAGCUAAAGAUAAAAAAGAAGCUGAAAAAUUGAAAAAAGCUGAAGAAGAAGCUAAAUCUGGUAAAAAACCAGAAUCUAAACCAUCAUCAAAAGAUUCAUCAGAUUCAAAGAAUGCUGAAGAAACUGUUGAAGAAGAUGAAGAUUUUAAUGAAACAAAUAAAAUUCAAUUAUCAUUACCGGAAUUAUUAACUUAUAACACUGGUGUUUUCGUUUUCACAGUUUUAUCCGGUGAUUAUAGUUCAACAAAUAGUUAUUUACAAGUUUUUUUGAAUGGUCAUGGUCAUCCAGAUCAUGUUAGUCCAGAAGUUAAAACUAAAAAAGUUACAUCACCAUUUUCAGGUGAUGCCUUAGUGCCAGAAUUAGAAUGGGCAAAUGUUACAUUUAGAUUAGUUAAAGAUGCGAAAAAUAAUCGUGAAGAUGAAUCAAUUGCAGAAUCAACAUUACCAGUUUUAAGUUUAUUGAAAAAUUCAUAUCAUGAACCACAAACUUUAACUUUAACAGGUAUGGGAACAAAUAAAUUAUUAAUUCAAACUCAAUGGUUACCAGUUGAAGUUUCUAAAUUACCUCCAGCUGAUUUAAUUACAAAUAGUGGUCAAUUAUCAUUAGAAAUUAUCAGUGCAAAUAACUUAUUAAGCGCAGAUUCAAAUGGUAAAUCAGAUCCUUUCAUUAAAGCUUAUUUACCUCAAGAAGAAGAUCCAUUCUAUAAAACUAAAACUAUUAAGAAAACUCUUGAUCCAGUUUGGAAUGAAAAGACAAAUUUGGAAAUUACAAAUAGAGUUAAUACAGUUAUUGAUUUUAGAAUUGCAGAUUGGGAUUUCGGUGCAGGUCAAGAUGAUAAAUUAGGUGAUGCUUAUUUCGAUUUAGCAGAUAUUGAUCCAAUAAAUCCAGCAGAAUAUGAUGUACCAGUUAAAGGUCCAAAAGGUGAAGAUGGUGGUGUUUUACAUGUUAAAACAAGUUUUAGACCUGGUUAUAUUGUUAAAGUUAAUAGUCAAAGUACUAAUAUUGGUGCAGCUGGAUUGAAUGCAGUUGGAUCAGGUAUUGGUGCUGGUAUUGGUGCUGGUGGUAAAGUUGUUGGAGGUGUUGCUGGAGGUGUUGGUGGUGGUUUAGGUAAAGUUAAAGGUGCCAUUUUCGGUAAAAAGAAAGGUGGUGAUGAAUAA